UGGCUGUUGUUUUUGUUGCGUCAAAAGAGAAACGGAAAGAAAAAGAAACCAACCCCCCCCCCCCUCUCUGUCGUUUGGCUUUGUUUAUCAACCAAAUCUAGAGUAACCCAUUUCGCUGCUCGUCCAUUUGAAGGAAAAAUAUACACAGUCCCAUUCCAUUUUUCGCUCGCCAGUUCAAUGCUUCUGAGGCAGGUCUUAAUUGCUAGGCAAUUAUUAAUUUAAUUGCGGCAACUUCUCCUACCCCCAUUUGUUCUUAUCUUUCGCUAUAUGACCCUGGAGGCUCACUGAGGUUGCUCGCACCCAUUUUCGCAGCUAAGGUGGGGAGGCUUUGAAUAAGUAUGUUCACAGGUGAUGGAAUCCUUAGUUGUCUUUUUUGUUUGGCAUUAGUAUGACUUAUGCUUUUCCCGCUCCCUCCAAUACUCAAUAGGUCCUCCCUUUCAAAUCUAUGGCGGGAGAAACAUCAUGGAUCGUUCACUGCCUUGAUAAUUCAACCAGGGAGAGUAGGGAGUUUGAUUCAUUUUUAGAACUGGGUGAGGAAAGUGAUAAAGAAGUCGCUACUGUUUGUGUGGAUAGUAUUUUGCCUGAUGAGCUGUUGGAACGUAUCCUAGCCUAUCUUCCCGUUGCAAGCAUCUUCAGAGCAGGUUGUGUCUGUAAAAGAUGGCACGAAAUUGUUACCUCAAAGAGGUUUCUGUGGAGCCUUUCACAUGUGCUUCCGCAGAAACCUUGGUACUUUAUGUUUACAGGCGUUGAUGAGCCAACUGGUUAUGCUUAUGACCCAAUCCUUCGGAAAUGGUAUGGCAUUGAACUUCCCUGCAUUGGCACUUCUAGUUGGUUAAUUGCAUCAUCUUGUGGUUUAGUUUGCUUCAUGGACAAUGACAAUCGAAGUGAAUUAUUUGUGUGCAACCCCAUUACUAAAAUCUAUAAGAAGCUUGAGGGGCCCCCCGGUGCUGACUUUUCUGAUUACAGUGCAUUGGCAAUUUCAUUAAACAGAGUAUCACAAAGUUACACAGUGGCUAUCGUUAAAUCAAAGGAAGUGCCUGAGAACUUCUGUCAUUCUGUUAUUUCAAUUCAUAUAUACAAUUCAGAAGAUAAGACCUGGGUGACCAGUUUAACAGAGGUUUUGACGGGGUGGAGAGGUGGUGAUGAGAGUGUGACAUGUAAUGGGGUGCUGUACUUUUUGGCUUAUUCAACCGUGGGUGGUCAAGCAGAAAAUCGACAUGCCCUCGUGGCAUAUAAUAUCACCAACCAUUCGUCUCAGCGAUCCUUGGCAAGGAAUUUUAUUCCAAUGCCUUGUCCUCUAACAUGUGGUCGUCUGAUGAAUUUGAAGGAGAAGCUUGUAAUGGUGGGAGGUCUCGGUAAACUUGAUCGGCCGGACAUUAUAAAAGGGAUUGGCAUAUGGGUGUUAAAUGAUGGGAAAUGGGACAAAAUUGCCCGAGUGCCUCACAAAUUCUUUCAAGGAUUUGGAGAGUUGGAUGAUGUGUUUGCUAGCAGUGGUACAGAUGAUCUCAUAUAUAUUCAAAGCUAUGGAGCCUCAGCACUUCUCACGUAUGACAUGAACCAUAAACAAUGGAGAUGGUCACAGAAGUGUCCAGUGACAAAAAGGUUCCCCUUGCAGCUCUUCACUGGGUUUUGCUUUGAACCCAGGCUUGAAACUGCUCCAUAGUUGGAUCAUCCAUUAUAAAUGCUGCUAUCGGCUGUGUGUCUAAAAUCUCUACCCGUUGUGCCCUCUUUUUUUCAUUCAAAUUUAAUAUGAUAUGAUUUCUGUCUACCAACUUCCAACAGCCUAUAGAAAAUGUACUUGCUGAUAAAGUUGUUUAUUCAUGGAUACUGGAAUAUCUUUUAUGACAUUCGAAAAUACAGAGAACUAUAUGGAUGUCUAUGUGUUUGUGUCUGUGUAUAUAUAAUUCUAAUUCUAA